UCGGCUGGAAGAGCCGGGGCAGCAGGAAAAGCCCAGGAGAAGCCCCAAAGCCGGCAGCGCAGAGCCGCGGUCAUGGGCAGCCACCCCGGCGUGCUGCUGGCGCUCGCCCUCUGCGCCCUGCUGGAAGCCGGUCUGGGCCAUCCCCCGGCCGAGUCGCACCUGGCCGCGCCGCCGAGGAGCAAGCGAUGUUCCUGCAACAGCUGGCUGGAUAAGGAAUGCAUCUACUUCUGUCACCUGGACAUCAUCUGGGUCAACACACCUGGGCACACCGCUCCCUACGGCUUGGGCAGCCCGCCAAGGCGGCGCAAGAGGUCGGCGGGCAGGUGCGAGUGCCGGCACUCCAGGGACAGCUUCUGUGCCACCUUCUGCCAGGGCAGGCCUGGGUACCUGCAGGGUCUGAAGCUCCCCAUGAGCUCCGGAGCAUCAGCGAGGCCUCCCCACCACGGGCUGCUGAGAGCUCUCAGGGACCUCAGGGCCUCCAGCCACCGCCAGCAGCGCUCCCGGAGGGACACACAGCCACCGGCUCUGCCCUGGGAAAAAAACACCUGGAGGAAGAAGAGAUAAGAGGCAGGUGCACACCAAGCUCACCAGAAGAAUUUGGAGUCCUGUGGGUGCCACCAGCUCCGCUGCUGGCUGUUGGAGCUGAAGGGAAGGCCGUGAGUGGAAGGAAGUGGAAGUCUCCGUGCUCCUGCUGCGUGAUCCGGCACUCAAGGGACUGCUGUAAAGGGAAAAACUCUCUCCGUACAGCCAGAGAAGUGUCCUGGAGCUGAAUUGUGCCUUUUUGGAUCAGGCAAGGGUCGUGCUGGAGCAGCACCAGCCACACCCUGCCCUGGAGCCUGGGCAGGGGCUCAGCCCACGUGUGCUGGGUGAACUGGGGGGCUCUGGGCAGU